AUAGCAACGAGGUAGACAAAUAAGACUUUACAAACAACAUUCUGGUUUCAUGUUUUUAUUUUUAUAAUUGAUGGUACUAAUUGUGUAAUUUAAUUUUCUUCCUCUGCGAUUUUCAUGCUAUUUCCAAGGCAGCUCAUAAAUAUAUAAUGAAACAUAAAUGGAUUUUGUGUUUGCCGAAGUUGUUCAACAUUUCUUCCAGGAAGGGAAUAUGUUCACUAAGUUCAUCAAAAUUUUCACUCACUAAAUCAUCUACAUUACCUUGCUUUGCCUACCAAGUUUCGUCCUUUUCACCAUCUCUCAUGUGCUAUCUAAAAAGGUCUAGUCAAUGUUUCAAUUUUCAAAUAAUAAGGCAUCAUAGCGAUUCAAGCAACGAAGAUGAUUUCAUGGAUGUAAUAUAUGAAGAAUUGACUGUUGAAUCGUUCAGAGAACUAAUUAAAAACAGUGACGAUGAAAAGAUUAUUAAAGAAAUCCUUUCUCUUUACGAAUAUCAAAAAUUUGACAAUGGUGAAAUUCCGUCAACAAUCAAAAUCAAUCAGAUGGUCGAGUUAAUGAAGAUGCCUCGUGAUUUUUGGCAGAAGCGAUUCAAAAAACUAUUAGAAAAAGAAAUAUACUUGAAAUACAAGAAAAAGAUGAAAUCUCUAAAGCCUAAAUCAUUAUCUUACAAUGAAUUACAAAACAUGAUUGACAAAGGAGUAUCACCAACUAUGGGAUUGAAAUUCGAUCCUCUGACAGGAGCUCCUAUUUAUGGUGAAUGGUUAAAUAGUCACUUCACAAGACUUCGCCAUCUCGAAUACCGUUGCUCCUUUAUUCCCAAUCUAUUAGCUGCUUUUCUUUAUGGCCAGAAAAUCUUGAUUGAUUGUGAUUAUGAAUAUACUGUUGGAGAUGCCAAAAGAAUAAUUUUCGACUUACAAAAGGCUAUGGCUUUAAAUCGAAGUGCCUCUUCACCGUUCAACAUGGUAGUAACCGGAUUAAGAGAUACUAUGUUAAGGGAACUUUUGGAUCGACAUAAGAAAGAAUGCUUAUCAACUUUGCUUCCCAGUUUGAGUUUUCACGAAGAGACAUUCACUGAGCUGUACAAAGAUCAGAAAUUAAUUUAUCUUACACCUCAUUCUGACAAAGAUCUUUGUGAAUUCGACAAUGAUGCCAUUUACAUUAUUGGUGGUUUAUCAAUUAGAUCAACUGCUCCUCAUUCAUUCAAGAAAGCAAGCUCAUUAAAAAUACCAAAUUACCGUUUCCCGUUAUCAUUUUUGCCUUUUAGAGCAAUGAGAGGUGCAAAAUCCUUGGAAAUACGUGAAUGUGUUUCCAUAUUAUUGCAUUUUAAAGAGUUUGGCGAUAUUAAGGAGGCUGUUAGUCAAGGUAUCGAUGUUCACCGAAUAAAAACUUUAGAGGAACUCGAACAAGAACAAAGAUUACGAUUCAAGAAGUUGCAGUCAAAUGAAAGGAGAUACACCAAAAGGGUGAAACCUUGAGACAAUAGUGAUAUUUUAGCUGUUAAAUUAAAUUUUUGUAUGAACCACUAUUGGAAUUAGAUUUUCCAAUUACAUUUAUUUAUUAAAAAAAACUUCAUGUUAUUCAAA